ACCAAAAAUAUAAAAAUAUAAGUAGAAUAAAAUAAAGUAAAAAUACUCAAGAUCCAUGGACUCCUCGAUGAAACUCUCGUUAAUGAUUCUGUUCUUCGUUGGAUCCCUCUUCCUUCCUGGAGUUCUUGGUGAUAUUACCUGCGAGUUUCUGCCGACAAAUGUUUGUUCGUUUGCGAUCUCGACGUCGGGUAAGAGAUGUUUGUUAGAGAACUCAGUGACGAAUGAGGGGAAUAAGGUGGAAUACCAAUGUAAGACAUCGGAGGUUGUUGUGGGGAGUAGUGUUGGGGAGCAUAUAGAGACAGAUGAGUGCGUGGAAGCAUGUGGGCUUGAUCGGAAAUCUGUGGGUCUCUCAUCGGAUUCCUUGCUGGAGCCCGUCUUCACCGCCAAGCUUUGCUCCUCCUCCUGCUACCAGAACUGCCCCAACAUUGUCGACCUUUACUUUAACUUAGCUGCCGGUGAAGGAGUGUACUUGCCAGAUCUUUGUGACAAGCAAAGGAGCCACAACCGACGUGACCUGGUUGAGCUUAACAGCAAUGGCGGCGAAAAGGCGCUGGGUCCUUCUUCCGAAGAGAGCGAUGCCGCCGCUGCUCCACUGCGUAGCCCUCGCCGUGCCAUGGUUGAGCUUUCUAGCGGCAGCGGUGCUUCGACACCUACCCCCGUUGAUGCUGGUGAUGCCCCAGCUGCCCCAUCUUCUAUUUAACGAUGUACUCAGAUAGAUCAAGGAAAGAGGAGGGACUCUUGCAUUAGGUCGUUCGUUCUAUAAUAUACCAAAUUUACCAUUACGCAAUUCAUAUAAUAUGUUAGUUUAAGAUAAUUUUUUUAAAAUGUCAAAUAAAUAAUUGACAUA